AGGCACAUUAAGUUGACCAGAUACAGUAAACUUCGGGGUCCUUGCUUGACAGCCGGCGCGGAGUUUUUGACGCAUGUGUUUUCCGCGCUCUGGUCGUAUUGGGAAUGGCAGCGCAUUUCUUUUGAGUAUUAAAGGAUCUUGAGAGAGAAACCAUGUCAUUCAACUUUGGACAAACCACCGGGUUUUCCUUCGGACCCCCGAAAACCACAACGCAAGCAGCCACUGCAGCCCCCAGCUUCUCCCUGCAGACGAAUGCUCCACCAUCAGGAGGAUUCGCUUUUGGAGCGGCGCCUCCACAGCCGUCUCAGACCCCAGCGGGAACAUCUCAAAUAGCAGGGCUUCUCGCACAGAACACCACGAGCACUGGAACCUCUCAGGGUGGAUUCAGCUUUGGUGCAUCAGCACAGAGCAGCACUCCUGGAACAGGGUUUAAUUUUGGCGGUGCUCCAAAACUAAGUCUCAACCUGACUCCAGCCUCUCAGCCGGCCUCUACAGGAGUUACACUGGGAGGCCUGGUAAAUUCCGCCCCCUCAGCCGGUGGUACAGGAUUCUCGUUUGGGUCCCUCGCGACUCAGAAUGCAGCUUCAACGCAGCAGUCCACUGCAGGCUUCAGCUUUCCUGGGGCCAAGGUACAAGCUCCAGCUCCAGCUCCAGCUCCAGUUCCAGCUUCAGCUCCAGUUCCAGCUUCAGCUCCAAUUCCAGCUGCAAGUUCAGCACAGAGCACUCCUUCCUUCUCUCUGGGAGGCCAAAACACAAGUCUUACUCUGGGAGCUGUUGCUCCAGCCGCUGCAGUCUCCACUACAGGGAUUAACUUUGGGAUCAAGCCUGCAGCCACUCCAGCUCCUGCUAGUAGCACUGCUGCUAACCAAGCUGUCCCCGUAUCUUCUCUGUUUUCCACCCCAAUCCCCUCAGCUGCUCCUGCAGGCUUCACCUUGGGUGGCUCAACAACUGCAGCAGCUCCAGCAGCGUCUUCUGUAGCUACGGCCUCCACUGGUUUGAUGCUCAAACCACUAGGAGUGGGCACCGCCACUUCUGCCACCACAGCUGCAGCUACUAUAGCGCCCACCACAAGCUUUACUCUGGGCCUGAAACCUGCUGCCUCUGCUGCACCAGCCACUUCUACAGCCGUGUCCACUGCUGCGAUUACUGCCAGUGCUGCACCGGUGAUGUCGUAUGCCCAGCUGGAGUCCCUGAUCAACAAGUGGAGCUCAGAAUUAGAGGACCAAGAGAGGCACUUCCUGCAGCAGGCUACUCAGGUCAACGCCUGGGACCGCAUGUUGGUGGAGAAUGGAGAAAAGAUUACAUCCCUUCACAAGGACAUGGAGAAGGUUAAACUGGACCAAAGAAGGCUGGAUCAGGAGCUGGACUUUAUUCUGUCCCAGCAAAAGGAGCUGGAGGAUCUUCUCGCUCCCUUGGAGGAGUCAGUGAAGGAGCAAAGUGGAACCAUCUAUAUGCAGAAUGCUGAUGAGGAGCGAGAGAGAACGUAUAAGUUGGCAGAAAAUGUUGAUGCUCAGCUGAAGAGAAUGUCCCAAGAUCUGAAGGAGAUCAUUGAGCACCUCAACACAUCCAACCGGCUGGCCGACACAAGUGACCCGCUCCAGCAAAUCUGCAAAAUCCUCAACGCACACAUGGACUCUCUGCAGUGGGUCGAGCAAAACUCUGUUCUGCUUCAGAGGCGUGUGGAGGAGGUGUCCAAGCUGUGCGAGAGUCGCAGUAAGGAGCAGGAGAAGAGCUUUCGUCUGAGUUUCCAAUGAUCGACAAUAAAAAACAAACAUGGCAGUGUACUGUAAAUGGAAAAAAAUCGUUGUUUUGCAAAUUCUGUUUAAAUAAAAAGGUGUACUUUUUACUUUCCACA